AUGGUCGCUCUCACCGCCGAAUCGCUCUGCUCCACUUCCGCCUGCCUCUCCUCGGCGAGCGGCAGCGUUACCAUCGGCGACGCACGAGGGUGGAACGACGCGUUCGGCGUCGGCCUAACGGCUGCCUACGGCAUAAACAAGCUGCUCCACGUUCCGCUCAACACUUCAAUCAUCUUCAAGUACGGCGGAACGCAUACGGACGCCUUCGGCGACUGCACUCUGAGCGGCACGCGAGUCGCGAGCUUCGAUCACGGCGGAGGAUCAACGGGCGGCGACUUUCCAAACCAGUACUCGGCCGUCGUCACGGCUCCCGGCGUGCUCCACUUCCUCUGCGAGCCACACUGCUUAUCGGGCCAGAGGAUGCGGGUCGCCGUCGGCAUGGAGGUGGCGCCCGAGGCGCCGCCGCCGCCUCCGCCGCCGUUUCCGCCGCCAUCGCCGCCAUCGCUGCCGCCGUCGCUGCCGCCGCCUCCGCCCGCGCCGCUCCCGCCUCCGCCUCCCGCGGCGCCUCGGCCUCCCUACGCCCCAGGCGGCGCGGUGCGGCUGCUCAAGUCGGUGCCGGGCGAGCUGCAGCUACUGUGGGGCACCUCCUCCGCCACGGGGGUCAAGACGCUGCACGGCCGAUCGUUCGACGGCAAGGACUGGGACGCGGCCAAGCUGAUCGCGCCCCUGCUCUGGUCCUGCGACGCGGACGCGUGCGAGGCCGAGCUGCCUACCUCCUCCGCCUCCGCGGGGAUGGGGAUGGGGAUGGAAGACGAGUACGACCAGCUCACCUACUCCAUCGAGGUGAUCACCGCGGGCCCUGCCGCGAACGAGACGCUCGCCGCGCGCUUCCUCCAGCAGGCCACGUUCGGCUCGACGCGCGCGGACAUUGCGCAUGCCCUCAAGCUGCCCGCCGCGGAGUGGAUCGAGGAGCAGAUGAAGCUGCCCGCGACACUGCAUCGCACCUGGUACCGCCACCGCUCGAACCAGCUCGUGCUGACCGCGACGCCGCCGGGCAACGUGCGCUCGCCGUGGUACGAGACCGACCGCCGGCACGUGCACUACAUCACGGGCCUGCUGCCCGACAUGAACAACAGAAUCUGCGGCAGCAACGUCAACCGGAUGUCUCGCUGGCUCAAGACGGAGGAGGGCUCGUGCAGCGAGCCGACUCGGAUCUGCGACGAGCCGGACCCGGGCAGCCUCAUCGAGUUGAGUGGCGGCAACGACAACAGCGCCACCGACCUCGCGGCGUGCACCGGCGAGUGCGACUCCGACGCCCAGUGCGCCGCCGGGCUGCUCUGCUUCCAGCGGUCGGACAAUGAGACGAUCCCCGGCUGCAAAGGGCCGGGCGGAGGGCGCGACUGGGACUACUGCUACGACCCGAGCGGCCUCGUCGAGCUGUCCGGCGGCAACGACAACAGCGCCACCGACCUCGCGGCGUGCACCGGCGAGUGCGACUCCGACGCCCAGUGCGCCGCCGGGCUGAGGUGCUUCCAGCGCUCGAAUGGCGAGACGAUUCCCGGCUGCUUCGGUCCCGGAGGGGGCAGGAACUGGGACUACUGCUACGACCCGUGCAUCCCCCAAGAGCACGCCUCGUCGGUGCUGACCGCGAUCAACAGCAGCGACGGCGCGGCGAGCUCGAGCAUCCGAGACAUCAGCAUCACAGGCCCGUGCGGCGGCGCCUUGCGCGGCGCCUCGAUCUCCGACAAGGAGCGGGGCGGCUGCUGGCGGCACGUCCACCCGGAGACAGGAAACGUCUACGACUUUUCGUAUUGGGUCUCCGCCCACGAGGGCAUCGCGCGAGCGGAGCAGCGCUACAACCCGGUCGCCGCGCCGGCGCGCGAGGGCAAAGCCUACAUGACCUUUCCCGACAACAUCUGCACCUACUCCCGCACCGACAUGCGCUGCUGGAGCGACUACAAGCGCUACUUUCAGUUCGUCGGCCUGCUCGACGAGACGCUCGCCUUUAGCGCGUUGCCUCUGCCUCUGCAGACGGCAGGAGUGGCACCUGCGGGCGCGGUCGGCACGCGGCGCGCCGAAGGCUUCGAGGCGUGCGGCUCUCGCCGGGCGUGGAUAGGGGUCGCAGGCGUGCGCAUGCAGCUACGUGGCGAGGACACCCUCUUCCUCCACCGCCCCAUCAGCGACCGCGAGAACUCGCGCGCGAUGGUGCACAACAAUGUCGCCGUGUACGCGCACGACCAGCUCCGGCAGCGCGCCGCCUGGGCGCUCUCCCAGGUCCUCGUGGUCGGCGCGGACAAUGACGAUGACACGGAGCGCUGGCUGGCCUACUACGACAUCUUCGUGCGGCACGCCUUUGGCAGCUUCCGCGACGUGCUCCGCGAGGUCUCCUACUCGCCAAUCAUGGGCGACUGGCUCACCUACGAGGGGGUGCGCUCGCGCGCGCUCUCGGGCAAGUUCCCCGACGAGAACUACGCGCGCGAGAUCAUGCAGCUCUUCACGAUCGGCCUCUGGCAGCUGCAACCCGACGGCACGCGCGAGCUCGACGGCGACGGCAAGCCGAUCCGAACCUACGACGAUCACGACAUCGUCACCUUUGCGAGGGCGUGGACGGGCUUCCACCGCGUGGCUCCCCGCGCCAACAUCGCGCAGGAGGAGCGCGGCAACAACAACAAGAACAGCAUCGACCCGAUGCGCAUCGAGCCCGACGACCGCGACUUCUUGCCAAAGAUCGACCUGUACGACGGCUUCAUUGGCGACGGCUACCCCCUGUGCACCGACCUGCCGCCGCGCUCCUUUCUGCGGCGCGGCGGCACCUUCGUGCGCCGCGCCUCCCCCGGCGAGUUCGACGACCGCGCCACCGACGUCCUCGAGCCCGAGCGGGGCUCGCCGCUCCACGCGGCGCUCUGUGCCGCGCCGGGAGCGGGCGCGCCCUGCGACUUCCCGUCGCAGCUCACGCUCGACGCCAACCUGGCGUGCGCCGGCGGCGAGUGCAGCGUCGGCCGGAUCGACGCGGUCAAGCUGGUGGACGGCGACGCCAUCGGCUGGUUCGAGUUCAAGCCCCCUCCGUGCGUCGAGCUCGCCUUCUUCGCGGACGGACGGCUCUUCUCCGGCGAGCAGGGCGUGCGGCAGUGCGCGAGCCAGUCCGUGCUUGACGCAAGCCUUGGGAGGGAGGCGCCCGCCUACACAACCGUCACGCCGCCGCUGCUCGACGGCAGGGCCAGUCCGCCGCCCCCGUCGCCAAGCCCGCCGCCACCCUCUCCGCGCCCGCCGCCUCCUCUGCCGCCGCCGCUGCCGCCGUACACGCCACCCGCCGCGCCGCCCUCCCCUCCGGCCUCGCCGCCACCCAGUCCGCCGCCGCCGCCGUCGCCACCGCCUCCGCCGCCUAGCCCGCCGUGGUACUACCCCUACCCAAGGCCGCCGCCGCUGCCACCACCGCCGCCCUCGCCGCCGCCGCUCGCACCGCCGCCUCCGCUCUACCCCGAGGGCGCCUUCUUCGACCUCAUAGACGGCAACGCAAGCGACUUCGGCACUUGGGUCGGCCAGUGCCGUUGCCCGAGUGGCGAGGUGUACCUCGUCGGAGACCACUACGACGGCUGCGGGAGUCUCGCCUGCGUCGGAGGCACAUCCUGGGGCUGCGCCCCCCCCAAGGACCCGCCUGCGGACCCGCCGGCGCUGCCGGCCGUCGGCGCAGUCCUGUCGAGCACCUACAACUCGAACUACGAGGCUGAGAAGUGCAUCGACGGCGAAUGGCCAAUGCACAAAAUGUGCCACUCGAAGAGCAACUCGUACUCGCCGUGGCUCGAGAUCGACCUGGGCUCGCAUCCCCGCCUCCCAACGCACGUGCCACGUAUAGGCGAGACGCGGCAGAUUGGGACCGUGACGAUCCACAACCGGCGGGGCUGUUCGGGGUGCCGGGACCGGCUCGGGGCUUGGGAGCUGUGGGUCUCGGACGUGCCGGGCACCUUUUGCUCCGCCUCCAACGAGUACGGCAUACGGCUCUGCGAAGCGUCCACGCCGCGGGCUCGCUUGUGCGCCAGCGGCGAGUACACCCACGCCUCCGACGGCGACGACUUCACCACCCUGUGCGCCGGCCUCGGCCGUUACGUGACGCUGAGGCUGCCGGGCCGCAGCCGCACGCUCAACGUGGCCGAAGUGCAGGUCUUCGCGUCGCAGGGAAAGCACACUCGUGCCAGGUGCCGCGUGCUCGCGCCGCCCUCGCCGCCUCUGCCGGCGCCGCCGCCGCCCCAGUACCCGCCAGAGCUCGGCCCUAACGUCGUCCUGCACGAUGCUCCGGGCGUCGGCGGCUGGACCGGCUGGUGCACUUGCCCGAACGGCGAGCGCUACGCUGUCGGCGACCAGUACAACGGCUGCGGCUCGCUCGCCUGCAUCGGAGGCAGCUCCUCGGACUGCUCGUGGGAGUCGGGGCGGCCGCACGCGCACGGCGCGCGCACCCAGGUGACGUGCGCCUCUUCGGGCGACCUUGACUCGUGCGGCCUGCGGCUGCAAGUGCAAGAGACCGGCUUCGUCAGCCUGGUGCAGGAGGACACGUCGGACAACUGGCUCGGCUCUCCCGGGCCCGGCCGGCCCAGCUACGGCCGCUGGUCCGACCGGUUCGCAGUCGACUCGGGAGAGGUGUGGCGCGUGCGGUGGGAGGGCGGCUCGUACCCGACCGUCGCCGGCGGCUGCUCCGUGCAGGGCGAGGACAACCCGGAGUACACCGAGGAGGCGCCCGCAGAGAACAGCCGCUUCACGUACUCGGACAAGAGCGUCGCUGCCGAGAAUUGGUGGGCCGCCACCUUCGAGGAGGCGGCCCGGUGGUGCGACCGCGACUCGAGCUGCAAGUACGUCAUCGACCGCGUGUGGAGCGGCCAGUCGCACUUCUCUGCCGUGUCGCGCGUGUGGAGGACCGCGUGGGGCACCGCCCCCGUCUGGGCCAAGCCACCGGGGAGGCGCCUGCCCGCCUGCGAGCCGCACGGGUCGACCUGCGUGUGCGAGACGUCCGUCGAGUCGAGCGCAGUCUUCGUCGGCACGGACGCGCCGCCCAUCGACGCCGCGAGAGAGCUGCUGCGGAUCGGCGCGCCGCACGUCGCAAUGUUCGACGCGGGCACUUACUCCUCGCUGGCGUCGGGGCCGGGCGGGGUCGAGGCCUUCGUGCGCGCAGGCUCGGGCCAGCUCGACGAAAACGCCAUCGUCGCCUUCCCCGUCAACGGCACGACGCGCCACUACUUCAACAAGGCGUCGACCGUCCGCAUCGGCUCGAGCGACUCGACACUGACCCCGCACUCCUUCCGCAACCCGCCGCACUUCGUCUCCUUCCUGUUCAAGGGAGCGACGCGCCACGCCGCCGCCAACGAGAUCGAGGAGGUGCUUUCGCACCUCUUCCUCCACAAGAAUGUGGCGCCCUUCCAGUGCCGCCGGCUCAUCCAGCGCUUCGUGACCUCCAACCCGUCGCCCACGUACAUCCGCCACUGCGCGGAGGCCUUCGUCUCGGGCGAGCACGACGGCGUCACGUACAGCGGCGAGUACGGCGACCUCGGCGCCGCGGUUGCCGCCGUGCUGCUCGACGACGAGGCGCGAUCCGAGAUCCUCGACGCCGACCCCACCUUUGGCAAGCUCAAGGAGCCGCUGAUGAAGGUGCUCUGGCUGCUGCGCGCCCUCGAGUUCACCCCCGCCGACGGCCGCGAGCUCGAGCUCGACGAGAUGCAGGACUGCAUCGGCCAGCAGGCGCACCAGGCGCCGUCCGUCUUCAACUUUUACAAGCCCGACUCGAGCCCGCCGGGCGUCGCUCGCGACGCGGCCGUCUUCGCGCCCGAGGGCGAGCUGGGCACGUCGCCGCUGCUGAUCUGCCUCCUCAACGGCCUCUCUUCCCUCGUCAUGCGCGCCGGCCUCACUUCGUGCGAGCAAGGAUUCGGCUCCACGAACCAGCGCCGGUGCGGCUCGGAGGACUCCGGACAGGAUUUUGGCCGCGGUGUCGACGCGACCAUGGGCUUCACGCCCGCGAGCGACGACGCGGAGGCUGUCGUCGACGAGCUCGAUCUGCUCUUGACGGGCGGCCGUCUCUCGCCCCACGUGCGUCAAGUGAUCCUGAGAAAGUACCUGCACCGCAAAGACGGCUGGGGGGAGGAGGACGCGGUCCUGCACGCCAUGCAGCUCUUCACCCUCUCGCUCGAGUUCCACUCGACCAACUUCAACGCGCUCGGCGAGCCGCGCGUGAAAUCCGCAUACACCACUGUCGGCGGCGUGCGCGGCGACUACAAGGCGGUCGUCGUGCUCUUCAUGAAUGGCGGACUGGACUCGUACUCGCUACUCGUGCCGCACUCUGGCUGCGAGCCGCACCCGACCCACGCGGAUCUGCACGCCGAGUACAUGGAGGUGCGCGGCGUCGUCGCCUUCCAGAAGACGGACCUGCUGCAGAUCGACGUGCCCGACGGAGGACCGAACAAGACCCACCCGUGCUCGCGCAUGGGACUCAACCCGGUGAGCGACACAGUCAAGGACCUCUACGAGGACGGCUCGCUCGCCCUGCUCGCAAACAUCGGCAGUCUGAUCGACCCGGUCGCCGACAAGCACGAGUACCGCUCGGGCUCUUUGCGACUUCCGCCGGGCCUCUUCUCCCACUCGGACCAGCAGGAGGCGGCUCAGAACGUGUACGCGCAGAGCAUGGCGAUGAGCGGCGUGCUUGGCCGCAUCAUGGGCGUGCUCACCGACUACGACUCACCGUUUGAGGUCGAGUCGUACUCCAUCUCGGGCAGCGGCCUCAUCCUCGAGGGCGGGCCGGUGCCGCCGACGACUGUCGAUGACUCGGGCAGCAACCGCUUCGGCUGGUACUCGUCCGUCUCGUCCGACCUCGACGAGAUGCUGGCCAACUCAUCGCGCUCCGUCUUUGGGGAGACGAUGGCGCGCCAGAUGCAGGCCGCGUUCGAGGCGACCGAGAACCUCGGCCAGCGCCUCGCCGACUCAACGACAGCGACGGCCUUCGGCAACUCCGGCAUCGAGCGCCAAUUUGAGCAGGUGGCCAAGGUCAUCAACGCCGCUCGCAAGGGCGCCUGGACCGGCAAGCCCGAGCGGCAAGCCUUCUUCGUCCAGCAGGGCGGUUUCGACGCGCACGGUGGGCCUGCAGGCACUCAAAACGGGUUGGCCAACAUCGACAACGCUCUGUCCUCCUUCACCACCGAGAUGCUUGUGACGGGCGCGUGGGACGAUGUCGUGGUGCUCACCGCGUCUGACUUUGCGCGCACGCUCACGGACAAUGGCCUAGGCACCGAUCACGGUUGGGGUGGCAACAUGUUCAUCGCCGGAGGCCUGGUUCGGGGCGGACAGGUGUUUGGCAAGUUUCCCAACCGCUACGCCGAGUGCGACGACGGCUGUCCGCUCAACAUUGACGCGCGUGGACGCCUUAUCCCCACGACGCCAUGGGAGGGCGUGUGGAUGGGGGUCGCCGAGUGGUUCGGUGUCCUACAGGAGCGGCUCGACGAGAUUCUGCCAAAUGCGAAGCUCUUUGAGGCCGAGGGGCGUCGGACCGAGGAGGACAUUUCGAUGUACCAUCCCGACAAGCCCAUCCUCGACCAACACGACCUGUUCAAGCCGGCGCCCCCGUCGCCGCCCGCAACCCCCCCGGCACCGCCACAUCCGCCGCCCGGCCCUCGGCCGCAGGCUUGCCUCCCGCUGGUGGAGGACCGCUUCUGCUAUGGGACGAGCCACACGGCGCAAAUGCGCCCCGCCGUUGACGCCGCCGACUGCCGCGCCGCCUGCACCGAUUACAGCGAGGCCAACAGCCAGCAGGGCUGCUGCCGCUUCACGCCGCACGCCGAGGGUGUAUCGGACCGCUCCUGCGACUUCUCCCUCGGUGAUAAGCGCAUCACGGGCGGUGACUGGCAGCCAAGCGUUGACCGGCUCAACCUCUUCGAGGGCUCCUCUGGAGAGUGCUGUCCGCGACGCGGCAGAGACGGCGCCUGCAACGCCGAUGAGAUCAAGCCGAUGCCGCCCACGCCGUCGCCGCCUCCUCCGCCGACGCCGAGCCCUCCUCCACCGCCGCCGCCUACUCCGUCGCCGCCGCCACCAAUGCCGCCCCCGCCUCCUCCCCCGCCCCCGCCACGGGCGCCCGCAGUGCCGUUGACCAGCGGCACCUUCAAGCUGAGCAGAAGCAACGAGCUGGCGAGAGGGACGCUGUCGACAUCCUACAGCCUCAGCUUCACCAUCACACCCAACAUGAUACAAGCCGGCUGGGGCUCAAUCGCGCAUGUCACCACCGACGGCAACUGCUGCAACUACGGACAGCGCUCGCCUGCGAUCUGGUUCUUUCCGAACACUUGGACGCUCUAUGUCGUGGACGGGCACCCGAGCAACGGAAACGAUGAGGUUUGUUCGGGCAGCGAACGGCCAACGCUCGAGAAGGACAUAACGUACUUGAUUGAGGUGGUGUCCCAUCCCGACUCGACAACUCUGCUCGUGGACGGCGUCACGCGCUGCCACGACGCGCGCGCCGACCGAUCGGUCUUACACGACGUCAAGGUUUACUUCUCUGACCCGUGGCACAGCCCCGCCGACGCCGAGGUGAGCGACGUCAUCAUGACGGGCCUGCUCCUCUCGUCGCCUCCUCCCUCGCCCCCGCCACGGGCGCCCGCAGUGCCGUUGACCAGCGGCACCUUCAAGCUGAGCAGAAGCAACGAGCUGGCGACAGGCCUGACGCUGUCGACAUCCUACAGCCUCAGCUUCACCAUCACACCCAACAUGACACAAGCCGACUGGGGCUCAAUCGCGCAUGUCACCACCGGCGGCAACUGCUGCAACUACGGACAGCGCUCGCCUGCGAUCUGGUUCAUUCCGAACACCCGGAAUCUCUAUGUCGUGGACGGGCACCCGAGCAACGGAAACGAUGAGGUUUGUUCCUGGUCGCAACGGCCAACGCUCGAGAAGGACAUAACGUACUUGAUUGAGGUGGUGUCCGAUCCCGACUCGACAACUCUGCUCGUGGACGGCGUCACGCGCUGCCACGAAGCGCGCGACGGAGACCGAGAGGUCUUACACGACGUCAAGGUUUACUUCUCUGAACCGUGGCACAGCCCCGCCGACGCCGAGGUGAGCGACGUCAUCAUGACGGGCCUGCUCGACUCGCCGUCGCCGCCGCCGCCUCGCUGGCCCGCGUCCUUCGAGCCACCGCCGAGCCCACCGCGGCCGCCGUCGUCGCCUCCGCCACGUCCACCUCCGCCGCCGUCGCCGUUGCCUCCGCCGCCUCGCCCGCCGCCGCCGCCGUCGCCAAGGCCGCCGCCGCCGUCGCCAAGGCCUCCGCCGCCUAGCCCGCUGCCGCCGCCGCCGUCACCGCCGCCGCCACCACCACCGCCGAAUCCUUCGCCGCCGCCGCCCAUCAACCCGAUUCCGCCAGCAUCGCCGCCGCCGCCGCAGCCCCGGGCCCCGCCCGGAUGGAGCGUGGCUGCUAGUGACGCGUUUCCCGGCGCAAGCGGCUGGAGUAGCAACCGAGAGCUCAUCCACACCAGCUGCGGCUCCUUCGGCGAGAUGCUCGGAGGCUACAACGUCUUUGGCAGUGGCGCCUACAUCGAGAAGACCUUCGACCUGAGCGAUGCUCCGCCGCACGGCUUGGUGCGUGUCGAGGUGAUGUUCGUGGCGAUCGACUCUUGGGACUGGGAGGACGCGCAGGUGUUGGUUGACGGCAACCUCGUCGCCUCUCACCAGAUCCGCUACGGCGGGUCGAACCAGUGCGGCGGAGGCUGGAGCGACUACGGGCCGGUGGAGCUCGCCGCGGUCGUGGUGACCUCAGCCGUCAACCUGCCAGUCCGGAUCACCUCCACCGUCAACCAAGGAGCGAGCGACGAGUCGUGGGGCGUGCAGAGCGUGCGAAUCUUUGUCGCGAAUGCGCCGCCGUCGCCGCCGCUCCAGCCGCCGUUGUCGCCCUCGCCGCCCUCGCCUCCAGCACCCCCAGCCAUCCCACCCGCGCCGCCGUCCCCGCCGCCAUCCCCGCCUCCCUCGCCACACCCGCCAGCCGCCCCCGGCUGGACCCUUGCCGCCGCCGAUACUUUCCCCGGCGCCACCGGCUGGAGCAGCAACAGGCUCCUCGCCCGCACCAGCUGCGGCUCCUUCGGCGAGAUGCUCGGAGGCUACGGCGUCUUUGGCAGUGGCGCCUACAUCGACAAGACCUUCGACCUGAGCGAUGCUCCGCCGCACGGCGUGGUGCGUGUCGAGGUGAUGUUCGUGGCGAUCGACUCGUGGGACGUGGGGGAGAGCGCCCAGGUGUGGGUUGGCGACAGCCUCGUCACAUCGUGGGAACGGCGUGUGGGAGGGUCGAACCAGUGCGGCGGAGGCUGGAGCGACUACGGGCCGGUGGAGCUCGCCGCGGUCGUGGUGACCUCAGCCGUCAACCUGCCAGUCCGGAUCACCUCCACCGUCAACCAAGGAGCGAGCGACGAGUCGUGGGGCGUGCAGGGCGUGCGAAUCUUUGUCGCGAAUGCGCCGCCGUCGCCGCCGCCCCAGCCGCCGCCGCCCGCUUUGCCCCCGUCGCCGCCGCCGGCCAUGCCACCGUUCUUGCCGCCGCCAUCGCCGCCAUCGCCGCCAUCGCCGCCGAUGUCGCCGCCAUCGCCUCCGCCGGUGAGCGAUGCCGCCAGCUGCGCCGCCCACGAAUGCUGCCUCGUCCUGCUCGCUGGCGCUCGCGGCAGCAACUGCGCGCCGGUGCCGGUGUGGGGGAUGGAGGGCGAUGUCCGCGAUUUUUACGAUCGGCGAUCAAUGUGCGGGAGCGUCAUUGCCUACUGGGCCGAGGAGGCCAGGCUGCUCUGGGUGCCGGACAGCGACCCCGAGGAUGCAAGUGCGACUCACCAACAACUGCUCCUCUCCAACAACGGCGGGGUUGGGCGCCGCGCCGGCACGUACAUCGACGUCGAGUGCAACCCUCGGCCCCCCGCGCCACCCUCGGCGCCGCCAGUGCCGCCGUCACCGCCCUCGCCGCCGCCGCCCUCCCCGCCGCCUCCGGCUGUCGACUCCCCGCCCCCGUCGCCGCCGCCAGCCACGCCAACGACCGAGCCCACUCACUGGGACAUCGACUGGGGCUUCUCGUGCGCCUCGCCAAAUUGCCCGGCCGCGUCGCGCUACGACGUCCGUACCUGCGACACAGUCACGUGGACGAUUGAGGACGGGAUGCACGACGUCGUCUCGGGCCCACGCGGUGCGGCGGAUGGCCAUUUCAACAGCGGCCUGCUUAGCACCGGCGAGACAUUCACCGUCAAGUUUGAUGAGGCUGGCUCUUACCAAUACCACUGCACACCGCACGGAACCAUGAACGCCGUCAUCGUCGUUCAAGGCGAACCUUGCCCCAACUCUCCCCCCACCCCCCCGUUGCUGGCAUCCUCGCCGCCGCCGCCGCCGCCGCCGCAGCCCCCCGCCUCACCGACGGUGACGCUUCCACCGGCGCAGUGCACCGUCGUCGGAGCCGGGCCGGGCGGCGUCCUAGCGGCGGACGUGAUGGCGGGCGCCGACGGGUGCGGGGGUUCACUACGGCUCUUUGAGCGAGGGGAUCUGCCACUCGAGGGGACGUACGACACGCUGCCGUUCUUCGAGACCUUCAACAAGCAAGAGGUGUACAUUGUGGGUACGUACAAUGGCGCCGAGCUGCCGUUUGCCGGUGUGUUUGGCGGGCAGCAGACAACAAACGGCGGGGUGUUCGCUCCGGGCACCGCGGCGGAAUUGGCUGCAGGGCUCGCGAUCGGCACUGCGGCAGCCCAGGCGGCGCAAGCCUGCGCGGCUGCCUCGGUCAACGCCACUUACUGGAAGCCGCUGCUCGGAGCCGUGCCCCCGCCCGUGCAACACAUCGAGGGCCAGACCCUGCUCGAUCACAAUGGCAUGCUCGCGACCUGUGUCAACGAGACGGGCUGCGCCUGGGGCGACAUGCUCAUGCCUCCGGGCUUCCACACCCCAGGGAGUGCCGACUCCAUCCGCCGCCGCACCGUCGCGCACGGUGUGCACGGCAGUGGCGCGCCCGACUAUGCCACCUUGGGCGCGGAGGUGCGCUCGAUCGACUUUGAGGAGGAUCCGGACAGCGGCGAGCUGAUGGCGGCGGCAGUCCGUCUCUCGGACGGCACAGUCUCCCCGGUGGCUGACGGCGGCAAGGUUCUCCUCGCCGCCAGCUCGAUUGGCUCGGCCAGCAUCUUGGCGCGCAGCCGACCGGACCUCUACUCCUCAUUCACCUUCAACAAUCACUACUACACUGCAAGCUUCCUACUCCCCUCGUCCGUGUGCGUCCCGGCCGGCGACGGUGAGGUCUGCGGCGAAGGGCCGCCGGCGAGCACCCACUCGCACAACUGGAACUACGGCUUCGUCACGCCCGGCAACGGCGACUGCGCGGGCCAAUCGUUCGAGGUGGACCUCCGCGGGAACUACCCGGUGCCAGACGCGCCCUACCAGGUCAUCCUGCUGCAGAUGGAGCCCGAGAUGCGCUCGCACGGCGGCUGGAACGCCUCGACGGGCUUGAUUGACCUCGUUGACGAGCCGCCCACCGAAUGCGACCUGCUCGCGCGCCGGCAGGCGAUCAACAUCACCUCAGCGUCGUGGGGCGCAUUCACGCCCGGCUUCUCCCUCGACUCCUCCCACGCCGCCGUCGCCGCCUGGCCGCAAGGGUGGCACUGGGCCGGCGGAAUACCUCUCGUCGAUGGCUCGUCGCGUGUCGCCGGCACGACGAACGUCUUCUCGGCCGACGCCGGUGCUGUGCGCAAGCCCUUCAACUGCCACACAUCGAUGGUCUCCGCCGCCGCCGGCGUCAUCGCCGGCAUGGAGGCGCUCGGCCUCCCCACCGCCGACUGCAUGGACCACAUCACGGCCAGUUUCCCUCCGCCGCCGCCGCCGCCAGUGUCCUCGGAGCAAAUGGUUGCGUGCAUCAUGUCGUGCGACGAUACCACCCUCUCGGCCUACCGCUCCUGCAACAUGGCGUGCCACGGAAUGUACUCCCCGAGCCCACCGCCUCCGCCGCCGCCUCCGUCCGCCUCGCCGUCGCCGCCGCCGCCGUCCGCCUCGCCGUCGCCGCCGCCUCCGUCCGCCUCACCGUCGCCGCCGCCUCUGUCCGCCUCACCGUCGCCGCCGCCUCCGUCCGCCUCGCCGCCGCCGCCGCCGCCGUCCGCCUCGCCCUCGCCGCCGCCUCCGUCCGCCUCGCCGUCGCCGCCGCCUCCGUCCGCCUCGCCGUCGCCGCCGCCUCCGUCCGCCUCGCCGUCGCCGCCGCCGCCGUCCGCCUCGCCGUCGCCGCCGCCUCCGUCCGCCUCGCCGUCGCCGCCGCCUCCGUCCGCCUCGCCGUCGCCGCCGCCUCCGUCCGCCUCGCCGUCGCCGCCGCCUCCGUCCGCCUCGCCGUCGCCGCCGCCUCCGUCCGCCUCGCCGUCGCCGCCGCCUCCGCGGGUAGUCGUGCUGCCCCUCACCUAA